CUUUCCGUUUUCGCCAACUUCCCCGUACACUAUAUAUUCCGGCCUGAUAGCAUCACUGGAACAACUCAUCUUCAAGCACCUCUUGGUUCCAACAGCAAAAAUGGCAGCGUCAAAAGACACCAAUCCCUCCCAACCAACCAUCGUCAUCAUCGGCGCCGGCCUCACCGGUCUUCUGGCAGCUCAAGCUACGAAGAAACACGGCUUUACCGUCCUCAUCUACGACUCGGAACCACACCUCAACUCCCGCCCGCGCGACUGGACGAUUGCCCUCCACUGGGCUCUCCCCAUCUUCUCCUCCCUCCUCCCGCCUUCCAUCCUCGCCAACUUCGACCACGCUGUCUCCAACCCUCACUUAGAGUUUGACGAGUGGGCGGAGACGCUACCUAUGUAUAAUGGCGAGACGGGAGAUCUAAUGUUCAAGAGCGCGGUACCGGGGGCUAGGAGGAUUACCAGGAGGGGACUUAGGGAGGUGUUAAGUGAGGGGUUGGAUAUCGCUUGGGGACGCAAGGUGACUAGAUUGGAUACUGAGUCAAAUCCGGAACAGGUAAAGGUUACUUUGGAAGGGGAGGAAGGAGUAGAGGAGGAGGUGUGGGUGGAUUAUGUCCUGGGAACGGACGGGGCGGGGAGUAAAGUCCGGGAGAUCCUCUUUGCGAAUCAAGAAAAUGGAGAAGAAAAGGCAAAGGCGAAGAGGAGUGGGUUCAUGAUUGGGACGUGUGUUGUUGAUUAUCAGGAUGAGGAUGUGGUGCGGAAGGUGCUGGAGAAACAUCCGGUCAUGGCUAUGGCGAUGAGUCGAGGGGCUGUUGGGGCAUUUGGAGUCCAAUACACAACCGGCACCCCUCCCUCGAACCUCCACCACACCUUCUUCUGGACCAAAAUCUGGAAAGGCAGUCUCUCCACCACGCCCGACAUCCCUCGCAAGGGUCCCGAAGCCGUCCGCUACCUCAAACAAUCCUGGCAAGGAGACCUCUCACCCGAUUUCCAGUCCUUCGUAGACGCCACGCCCGAAGACGAUACGCACACCCAGGCCUUCAUUGACGAGAUGGGUACCUGGAUUGCACAGCCGUUUGAUAAUAGGGAUGGGAGGGUGACGCUGGCAGGGGACGCGGGACAUCCCAUGCUGAUUUUGAGAGGACAGGGGUUCCAGCAUGCUGUUAUCGAUGUGCAAAACUACGUCCAGGCUCUGUUGGAAAUCAGGGACAGUAGAAGGGAUAGAAAGGAAGUGGUGGCGGCGUAUGAUAAAGAUAUGGUGGAAAGAGGGAGCAAGGCCGCCCUACAGGCGCUGGAGGAGGCCGAGUUGGCGAUGGAUGCGAAGAGUGUGGAGAAGAUGUUGAUGGUUAGGAGGGGACAUGGGAGGAGUGUUUGAACCUACCUCUAGGUCUUAGCUGAGGCUUGAUGACCGUUACGGCACGGGACCGGAUUCGUAUUGGGUCGUGUGGGUAUGAUGACAAAUAGGAAAAGAAGACAGGAUUCAGAGCAAGAUGAAGAAGAGGCAGAAAAGGGGAAAAGAAGCGAAGACAAGGUCAACAAACCCACAUAGAAGAGGCCAUUCAGAGAUGAUGAAACACUGGUUGUUCUUGGUGUUGCUCACUCG